CCUCUUCCCUCUCUCUCUCUCUCUCUCUCUCUCUCUCAUACAGAUUGAUUUUGAUUGCUGAUGAAGAAGCUUUAUAAGAAGAGUACGGUGCAUCCGACGCCGUCUGUUGUUUCAGAGCACCUCCUCUCGUUUUUGCCGGCGGCGAUAUUGGCUCUGACCGCCACUCUAUCUCCGGCCGAGAGGGAAGUCCUCGCCUACCUCAUUUCCUGCUCUUCCGUCAACUUCUCCACCGCGCAGCGCAAGUCUACUCCGCAGAAGACGCCGGCGCCGGGCGAUGACCACGCUGCCUGCUUCAACUGCAACUGCUUCCGCUGCUACAUGAGCUAUUGGGCCAAGUGGGAUUCGUCGCCGAACCGUCAGCUCAUACACGAGGCCAUCGACGCUUUCGAAGAGAAGGAAAGCAGGAAAGACAAGAACAAAAAGGAGAGGAGGAAGGGCAAAAGCGUCAAACUCCCUAUUUUGAGUGAGCCCAAGCAUUCGGAACCGAUUUUGACCGAUGCUGAUUUCUGUUUCGUUGACUCAAUCACGGCGGCGGAGAGCGGCGGUGGUGGUGGAGGCGAGCAGGAGGAAGAGGAAGAGAUUGUUAUCACAGAGGAGGAAUUCGACAAGGGUUCAGUGAGGAGGUUUGUGGGUUUUCUUGGAGAUAGGAUAUGGAGGAUUUGGGGUUAAUUUCUUUUUUCUUUUUUUUUUGCGGGGGGGAAUUGAAAAACUAAUUUCAACGCUUAGUUUGAGUUUGUUGAUGCUUUUGUUUUAGCAAUCAAUUCUGUUUUUGGCCUGUGUAGGUGUAGCAUUUCAUCCUCAUCUGCAAUGUAAAUUAAUAUCAUUAGCCUUACCUUAAUUAAUGCCUCUCUUUAAUAAAUGUUCAGAUUGAGUUGUGUGUGAAAUUUGAAAUGCUUUUCUAUUUUUA